AUGGGCGAGGCUGUCCAAAGGGGGGAGCCUCGACGUGUCAAGAAGCUGAGGACAUGUGGAGCAAAAGCACAGACAGGAGGAGUAUUCGACAACCCUGCAGGAAACUUAUUCCGUCACUAA